GCGACCCCGUCACAGCCCGGCCACGGAUGGUGGUCGAGACGGCAGCCGACGCAACACCUGUCAAGGUCUAGACCACGUCUGCUGGCUCACCCGACCACUCAUACGCUCAGUGCUGGCCUGGCCAGAUGGGCGACCAACAACGUCGUCGUCAUCCCAGCAUUUGCCACGCACACAUACAGCAGGCGUGAUGACCAAACUGCCGCUGCCACCCCACUUCUUCCAGUGCCCGCCUCUAAGUGACACCGACACGGCCAACCUCAAUACGUUCGCCGAGCAAGCAUCGAUUGAUGCGAUUCGCCACGCGAGAAUCGACCACGGCCCGAUCUCGUGGUCCAUCGUCGAGGACCACCACGACCUCCAAGUCCUGUGCGGCCAGGACCGAACUGCCCCGGCCGGCGUCCUUACAUACUGCUCCGUCUCGCACAUCUUUGCUACCAUUGACGACGUGGCGGGACUCUUUCGAGCGGAAACUACCGACGAGUACCAGGCGUACCGUCGCAAUUUUGCCACGGAUUUACUAGACGGCGCGCCGUUGUACACGCUGACGUCGCCGACGCCGGAAAAUCCUCGCCAGUUUGUCGGGGUCAAGUGGAUGGCGGUGGCAAGUCCGGCCCCUGCCAUCGUCAAACCCAGAGACUUCUGCGCCAUCGAGUGCCGCUAUGACUUUGACACGCAAGGCAAGCGCGGAUUCGUCCGAUGCAUGAAAUCCGUCGCCCUCGCUUGCUGCCCCGACCUCGAGGCCACCCUCGGCCUCGUCCGCGGCGUCUACCACCGUGUGGCGUACGUGUUUCUCGAGUCGGACCGGCCUGGGUACCUGCACGCCACCCAACUCUUGCAAAUCAACUUUCAUGGGAAAAUUCCAUCGUGGUUGUCGCGGCUGAGUGCCAAGAAACGUGCCAAGGCGCUUGGCGACAUGGAGUUGUUUCUCCGUGGCAAGCGGCUGACCGAGUCGGGAUUUCUAAGCGACUUUGACGUGGUCGACAAGGCCAGUCGUAGCCGCUGCUUUCUGUGCCAGCGGGCGUUUGGCGCGUUUGGCGGCAAAUGGUCGUGCCGGAAAUGCGGCGAGGUGGUGUGCAAAAUGUGCUCCAAGACGUGGCAACCACCGCUGUGGCGCAUCCAAUGCCGGCCAACCCCACAUGGAACGAACCAAGUCCCUUAUGCUUCCCGCGACGCCUGCGUCGACAUCACGAGAAUUCAUUGCCGCUUCGACAACAUCCGCCUCGAGCACCGCCGGGCAAUGCAAGCCGCCGCGGCUUACCAAGGCAUCGUCAGCGAUACCGAGGAUCAUGUACUCGUCGACAGCGCCAACGACAGCUUCCCCGACUCUACAGAGUUUUGA